AUAUCUGGAAGCAGCGUGGACUGUCAUGUCGUCUCCGGUAGUUCUUGGCUGACUUUUCCCUUUUUGUCUCCCCCCGCUGUGUGUGAAGUGGAGCCGGAGCAGAGUCUCCCCCCUCAGUGAGAGAGAGCCGGCCAGACUGGACCCCGCUGUCCUCUACAGGCUGAAAGCACUGAGCUCGAGAGAUGACAGGGGUCUGCUGCUGGAACACUGCACUGCUGCUGCUCGCUGUCUGUGUCAAGGUUGCAGUAUGGGCCAACGAUGGGGAAGCAGUGUUCAUCAGAGAGUACACUCUGAUUCGACGAGACCACCUGGCAGAAGAGCCCCUCCAUGAUGGCAUCCAAAAACCAGAAGACUCUAGCUCGCGUACAGCGCGGUCAGAGGAGGACAGAGACACUCUGUGGGACGCCUGGGGUUCAUGGAGUGAAUGUUCCCGGACCUGUGGAGGAGGCGCCUCAUACUCCCUCAGAAGAUGCCUCAGUUCCAAGACCUGUGAAGGGCAGAAUAUCAAAUAUCGCACCUGCGGUAAUGUGGAUUGUCCUCCAGAUGCCGGUGACUUCCGUGCCCAGCAGUGUUCAGCCCACGCAGACGUGCGAUACCAGGGUCAGUACCACGAGUGGCUCCCUGUGUACAAUGACCCCGACAACCCCUGCGCUCUCAAGUGCAAAGCUAAAGGCUCGGGCCUGGUGAUGGAGCUGGCUCCUAAAGUGCUGGAUGGGACCCGCUGCUACACCGAGUCUUUGGACAUGUGCAUCAGCGGAGUCUGCCAGAUUGUAGGAUGUGAUCAUGACUUGGGGAGCGCAGUGAAGGAGGACAACUGCGGUGUAUGCAAUGGAGACGGCUCAUCCUGCAGACUGGUACGAGGACACUACAAGACACAGCACGCAUCAGGAAAAACUGAGGACACGGUUGUUGCCGUCCCCUUUAAGAGUCGUCAUGUUCGCCUGGUCCUGAAAGGCCCGGAUCACUUGUAUGUGGAGAGUAAGACACUACAGGGGGUGAAAGGGGAACUGGUGUUGGAUAAAUCGGGGCAGUUCCUCCUGGAGAACACCACCCUGGACUUCCAGAAACUUUCUGAUAAGGAAGUCCUGAGAAUCACCGGCCCACUUGGAGCCGACUUCACUGUCAAAGUGCAGUUUUCCAGUGGACCGGACAGUGUGGUGCAGUACAUUUACUACCAGCCCAUCAUCCACCGCUGGAGAGAGACCGACUUCUUCCCCUGCUCCGUCACAUGUGGUGGAGGCUACCAGCUGACCUCAGCAGAGUGCUUUGACCUCCGGAGCGGCCGUGUGGUGGUGGAUCAGUAUUGUCAUUAUUACCCAGAGAACAUCAAACCCAAACCCAAACUGCAGGAGUGCAACAUGGAUCCCUGCCUGGCUAGCGACGGCUACAAGCAAAUUAUGCCAUAUGACCUCUACCACCCCCUGCCUCGAUGGGAGAGCAGUCCCUGGACGGCCUGCUCCACCUCUUGCGGCGGAGGCAUCCAGAGUCGCUCGGUGUCCUGUGUGGAAGAGGACAUGCAGGGCACUAUCACCACCACUGAGGAGUGGAAGUGUCACUACUCCUCCAAGACGGCCAUCCUGCAGCCCUGCAACGCCUUCGACUGCCCCACCUGGCUGGCACAGGAGUGGUCUCCCUGCACGGUGACCUGUGGGCAGGGUCUGCGCUACAGGGUGGUGUUGUGCAUCGAUCACAGAGGACUCCAUGCUGGAGGCUGUAACCCCACCACCAAGCCGCACAUCAAGGAGGAAUGCCUGGUGACGGUGCCCUGCUAUAAAUCCAUCGAUACUCUCCCAGUAGAGGCCAAACCUGUGUGGCAUAAGCAGGCCAUCGAGCUGGAGGAGGAGGUCAGCGUCACUGAGGAACCAACCUUCAUCCCGGCUCCCUGGCAGCCCUGCAGCAGGACGUGCGGCGCCGGGACUCAGCGGCGGGCCGUAAAGUGCCAGGUGUUGCUGUCCUUCUCCCAGUCUGUGGCCGACCUGCCCGACGAUGAGUGUGAGGGGGUGAAACCCGCGACCAGUCAGCCUUGCUACCGUACGCCCUGCUCCGGCAAAGGGAAAGAAAGUGAAAAGGAGGUGGAGGAGGAGGAGGAGGAGGAGGAGACACCUGACAGAGAGGAGCUGCACGACUGGGAGUACGAGGGCUUUACCGAGUGCUCAGAGAGCUGUGGCGGCGGUGUGCAGGAGGCUGUGGUCAUCUGCCUGAACAAGCAGACGAGGGAGGCAGCCGAGCACAGUCUGUGUGUGAGCUCCAGACGCCCCCCUCAGCUCCUGCAGGACUGCAGAACCCAGCCCUGCCCACCCAGGUGGGAAACGGGGGAGUGGAGUUCCUGCUCUGCUAGCUGUGGGGUUGGUCUUAUGACCCGCACUGUGGCAUGCUCUCACCGACCCUCCCGGGACAGCAACCGUACCGAGGUUUUGCGGGAUGAAGACUGUCAGAGCCCCAAGCCCGUCCCGGUCCAAGCCUGUAACCGCUUUGACUGUCCUCCCAUGUGGGACACUCGAGCCUGGGGACAGUGCUCCCAGAGCUGUGGAGGUGGAUUUCAAAGGAGGCAGGUCCUGUGCAAACAGCGGCUGGCAGAUGGCAGCAUCCUGGAGCUGCCUGACACCUUCUGUCCAUCCAAAAGUCCCGCGAGCCAGCAGAUCUGCGCCAUGCAGGAGUGCCAAGCUCGAUGGGUCACAACUGACUGGUCCCAGUGUUCUGUGACGUGUGGAGAUGGCAUUCAGAGACUUCAGGCAGUGUGCAGAAGACAAGGGGAGGAUCGCAAACAUCGGACCGUAGACCUGGAGAAAUGCUCCCUGCUGGCCCAGCCCGCCAAAAUCCGACCAUGCUCCCUCAGGCCCUGCGAGAACUCUCUCAAACCCAAUCCCAUCAUACUGGGCCAAAAGAAGGUGUAUAUCCAGUGGAGGAAGGGCAAAAAGCUACAGCUGCUGGUGGGAGGCUAUGCCUACCUGCUCCCCUGGACGACUGUAGUCCUUCGCUGCCCAACCAGAAACUUCCGCAAAGGUCAAAUCGGAUGGUUGAAGGAGGGAAAGCCCUUGAUUGGCCCACCACAUCUCUCCGUGACAUCGCUGGGAUACAUGAAGAUUCAGCAGCUGCGCGCAUCAGACGCCGGGAUAUACACAUGCGUCGCAGGUCAGGCACGGGAACAUUUUGUCCUGCAGAUCAUCGGCAGCAAGCACAAGCUCUCUGCUCCAGCGUCGUGGCUCCUCGGGGGUGGACAACAAAAAGUCAGGGAGACGGACGCAGCUGUGAGAGAAAGAUUUCAGGAGCUACCCAUCCCCCUCAACAGAUAUGACAACAUUGUGGAGCACUUGCUUGAACUCAAAGGCUCUCUCCAAGAUGAGAGAGAGCCUGCUGAUAAAACACAGGAGAACCGGUCGACCCUGGAGGACGAGAGAGCCAAUUCAGAACUUUCUAGCCUGCUCGUACUCAUCGCAGACACCCAGAGGCUAGAUGAGAUCAUGUACAACCUCUCUGAAGGAGGAGAAAGGGGGGGACAACUCGUCGCACAGUUGCUCAGUGAGCUCGCUAUCGCACAAGGUGAGACCAAUGAGUCGACCCUUCAUCCCCCGGAAAAUGCAGAAUCCUCCACACAGGUGCCCCCGCUUAAUAAACCCAACAUCAAAGCGACGCGGCCAAGAAGCCCGGUGAUAAUCCAGCGGCCCCGGAAGGUGGGAGCGGUGCCGCCCUCUGAAAUGACAGUUCAUGUGGGGGUGCUGGCUCUGCUGCAGAAACCCAUUGCUAGUUUGGAGCUGAGGUGUGAGGCCCUGGGGAACCCAGAGCCGUCCCUGACAUGGACAAAGAACGGCAAAGAGCUGCACUACAACAGCAGAGUAGGCCUGUUGUCCUCCGGCUCACUGAGGAUCCAGUCUCCAAGCAAGCUGGAUGAGGGUCUGUACACCUGCACUGCCAAAAACCGUCUCGGAACGACAUCUCUUUCAUCUUGGCUGCAGAUUACAGGUGGCAAAGGAAGAACCUGUGUCCAGAGUAAUGGCAUUCGAGCAAAUGGGCCUAUCUGCUCUGAGGGGAGUAACAGCAGCCAGUCUGCAGAGCUGUGCCAUGGACAGGCCUGCCCCCUCAGGUGGCGAGUGGAUCCCUGGUCACAGUGCUCCGCCAGUUGUGGAGGGGGGUCCCAGAGCAGGAGCGUCCGCUGCAUUAAGGGUCCUGAGGGCCGAUCCAAAGAGGUGGAGAGCCGUCAGUGCCUGGGCAGCGGGAGGAGACCCUCUGACAGCCGGCCCUGCAACCAGCUGCCCUGCGCCCGAUGGGCCUCCACCAGCUGGGGGGCAUGUCAUGGUCAAUGUGUGGGUCCCAGUUUGGCUACACAGCACCGCCAUGUUUACUGCCAGGACACAAACGCCACCAAAGUCUCCUACAGGAUGUGCAGUGGACUCCAGAGACCUGUCUCCCUGAAGAAUUGCUCCACAGAGGCGUGUGUACUGCACUGGCGCGUGGGGCCCUGGACGCAGUGCACCGCCACCUGUGGACGGCACGGCUUCCAGUCCCGCCAGGUGACCUGCGCGCACCGCAGGACCGGGAAGGCAACGCGGGAACAUCACUGCAUGUGGAGGCCCCGUCCCCCCAGCUGGCAGCGAUGCAACAUCCUGUCCUGCGGCAGAGCAGGAGAGUGUCGGGACAGCACGAGGUACUGUGAGAAGGUCCAGCAGCUGGAGCUCUGUGCUCUGCCUCAGUUCAAGAGCCGCUGCUGUCAUUCCUGCAAAAACACCUGAGGAGGAGGGGGGGGGGG